AUGACGCCUCAAAUCCACCGCAAUCCACCUUUCCGCGCAGAGCACCUGGGCUCGCUCCUCCGAACUCGCGAGCUCCUCGACGCAAAGACGGCCUUUGAGGACAGCCAGCUUUCCGAGUCUGAUCUCACUGUGAUUGAAAAGAAAUAUAUUCAGGAUAUCGUGAAAAAGCAGAAAGAACUUGGAUAUGUCGCUCUUUUCGAUGGAGAAUACUGCAGACACAAGGCGAAGAGCGUCAAGCUCACCAUCGCUGCCCCUAACUGGUACCACUUGCGGUACAAAGAGGGGUCAGCCUACCCCAAAGACAUUUACGCAUCCGACGAGGAAUACUUCGCCGACAUUGCUACAGCGUACCAAGAGGAGCUAAAGAUCCUGUACGAGGCCGGCUGCGGGAACGUUCAAUUUGAUGACCCUAAUCUCGCUUAUUUCUACUCCGAAAAGAUGCUGGAUGGAUGGAAAGCCGAUCCAUUGAAUAUUCGAUCCGCCGAUGAUUUGUUCGCCGAAUACAUCAAGCUCUAUAACAGUUUACUCUCCAAUCGCCCUGCUGAUUUCCACAUUGGUGCACACAUCUGUCGCGGAAACUUCGUUGGCAGCCGUCACUUCUCUGAGGGCGGCUAUAAUCGAAUUGCACGGAGGCUUUUCCGAGAACUCAAUGUCGACACUUACUACCUCGAGUAUGAUACACCUCGUGCUGGAGGCUUCGAGCCUUUGAAAGAACUAUCCACUUAUAAGAACGUGAUUUUUGAAGUUGUGACUAGCAAAUUCCCCGAGCUCGAGGAUAACGAUGAAACGAAGACGCGCAUCUAUGUGGCUGCCCAGUUCAUUGCUGAUGGAAACGAUAUCACUAUUGAUGCAGCACUCAAUCAGAUUGGCAUCAGCCCUCAGUGCGGAUUUGCCAGUCACCGAGAGGGCAACUCCAUUGAUUACGUGGGCAUGAUCAACAAACUGAAGCUUGUCCGCGAGAUUGCCAACGAAGUCUGGCCCGGUCAAUCGUGA